AUGAAACAAGCAUCACACGAGUCACUUCCUAUAGUUGUUUCAUUAAAAGAACAAAUAUAUCAAGCUGUUAAUGAUGGCCUUGUCAGUACAUUAGAUCAACUUUUAUCACAAUUGACCGUAGACAAAAUCUAUGAAUAUUUAUGUGAACUUAUGGAUUACUAUGGAAUGAAAUGUACACUACUGAUGAUUGCUAUUUUAAAUGGACAUAAUGAUGUUGUCGAGAUACUUCUUGAUAAAUUCAAGCCUGAUGUGGAAAUAGAGGGUGUUAUUAUAGUGGAAAAUGAAACUGUAAAAGGUGCAACUGCUUUAUGGUGUUCUGUUUGUGUUGGAAAUUUUAAUAUUGUUCAAAGAUUGAUUGUUUAUGGUGCACAAAUCAAUCAUUGUACAGCAAGUAAUUCUACACCGUUAAGAGUGGCAUGUUAUCGAGGUCUACUUGAUAUUGUUCAGUAUUUGGUUGAACAUAAUGCUGAUAUUAAUAUAGCAAAGAUGUCUGGUCAUACAUGUUUGAUGAUUGCAUCAUUCAAUGGUCAUUUGGAUGUUGUUAAAUAUCUUCUUCAAGUCGGAUGCGAUGUGAAUAGAACAUGGCAAAAUGGUAUUACUGCAUUACAUGAUGCUGUUGAAAAUGGUCAUUUAUCAAUUGUUAAAACAUUAUUAGAAUAUGGUGCAAUAAUGAUAAAAAUCAAAGAUCUUGUUAGAACACCUUUUAUGAUUGCUAUUAAAGAGAACAAAAGUGAUAUUGCGAAUUAUUUUCUCAAUAAUAAUUGGCUCACACAAAUUGAUGCUAUAAAUGAACUCGAAUUAUUAGGUAGUUUAUAUUUAUUUGAUAAUGGUGAAAAUCAAAGUAUAGAAAAGGCGUAUUAUUGUAUGGAAUGGGCUAUGAAAUUAAGAUAUAAGAAUCCGAAUGAACCAUUAUAUAAACAGAUCUUACCUCCGUUAAUGGAAUAUGAUUAUCGUCUAGAAUGUCAAACUUUACAAGAACUUGAAUUAAUUCGUUCAGAUUUUAAUGCACUUAGAUUUGAAUCAUUGUUAAUUUUGGAAAGAAUUUUAGGCAUUAAUCAUCGAGACGUAUUGCAAUUUAUUCGUGAUCAAGGUACUACUUAUGCUGAUAAUAAUAAAUUUGAUAAAUGUUUGAAGUUAUGGUUACGUGUAUACACAUAUCGAAGUUCAGAUUGUAUAGCCGAUAGAAAGAGUGAUCUUCGCUCAUUUUCUGAACUAUUUUGUCGUAUGAUAGAAAAAGACAUGGAUAUUUCCAGUGAUAUAUUAAUUCAAGUGUUAAAAAUGACUAUCAAUGAAAUUCAAAAAAAUAUAAUGGCGAUCAAAAUUUGUGAAGAUGAAAGUUUAAAGGAAACAUUAGAAGACAAUCGUGAUGAUAAUAUAUAUACAGUCUUAUGUUUAUGUACAAUUGUAACAAAGGCAGAUAUCUGGACAAAUAUUAACAAUUCUCAAAUUGACAAAAUUUGCAAAUUUCCCUGUGAGAAAACGGUUAAUUUACUUAUUGAAUGUCAGGCCAAUGUGAAUGCACUGGAUAAUGAACGUAAUACUCCGUUACAUAUUAUUGUCAGAUAUCCUGAAGUGAACAAUGAUAAAGAUUUUCUUAAUUUACAAACAAUUAUUAGAGCACUUAUUAAUGCUAAUGCUCAUAUAGAUUCCGUAAAUAGCCAUGGAGAUACGCCUGAAAUGUGGGCAUUGACAAAAACAGCAGAGAUUCUUAUUAAAACACAAGCAAAACUUUCUCUAAAAUGUGCUACUGCUACACUCAUUAAAAAAUUGAAUUUAGACUACCGUAAAAUAAUAUCAACAACUUUAUAUGAUUUUAUUGAAAGACAUGGAAUUCCAAUAAAAAAUUUAUAG